AUGGAGGAAUUUGGCAAGAUUGUUAUAACAUCUGUGUCAGAAGCGUAUACGAGCAAAACAUGCAGCCGUUGUGGGCUUAUUAAAAUGAAUUUGGGUGGGAAUAAGCGAUGGUUGAUCGGUGAAGCGUUAGAUAUAAUGAUGAAUUUUUAUAUACAAGCUGCAAACAUUUUAGAUAAAAUAUUAGCACGCAAGGGUACUAUUAAAAGUCUUACACUAGCCGAUGGUGUUAAGGAAAAGAAAAAGACAUAUGCGUUGAUAUGUGAGACUUUGAAAUUUGUAAUUCCACGAUAUGUCCGUGUCAAUACACUUAAAACAUCAGUUGAUAAGGUUAUAAAACAUUUUCAAGCAAAAGGGUUUACUCAUGAAGAGCCAAUUGAUGAUUUGACGAACGUAGGCCCGAAGACAAUUCGAAGAGAUAAGCAUUUGCCUGAUCUUUUAAUAUUACCAUCAAAUACGGAUCUUCAUGAAGAUUCACUAUACUUAUCUGGCGACAUUAUUCUUCAGGACAAAGCUUCAUGCAUUCCCGCAUUUAUUUGCUCACCACCUUCCAAUUCACAUGUGAUUGAUGCAUGCGCAGCACCUGGAAAUAAAACUUCACAUCUAUCGGCCAUAAUGAAAAAUACAGGAAAAAUAUGGGCUUUUGACCUUGAUAAAUCUAGACUAAAUUUGCUUAAAAAGUUGACACAAAAAGCUGGGUGUAAAAAUAUUGAAGCUAUUCAUGAAUCUUUUUUAGAUGUUGACCCUUUGGACCAAAAGUAUUCUAGUGUAGGUUAUAUUUUACUUGAUCCAUCAUGCUCUGGAUCAGGAAUUAUAAAUAGAUUAGAUCAUUUGAUCGAUUCAUCUGAAACUCAAGAACAGUCGGACCAUUCACACAAAUUAAAAGAACGUCUUGAGAGUUUAAUUCAUUCUGUUCAAAAAAUUGUAUACUCUACAUGUUCAAUUCAUGCAGAAGAAAAUGAACAUGUUAUUAAACGCGCCCUAGAUCAAACCGAUCAUUUUGUUUUGGCUAACAAGGACGUUAUGAUGCCAUCAUGGCCGAGGCGUGGUAUUUCAAAUGAAAUAAACGAUGAAGGGGCUGCAGAAAAAUUCAUUCGUACGAGUCCAAAUGAGGAUUAUACAAACGGUUUUUUCGUUGCAUGUUUUGUUCGUAAAGCCACACAAUAUAAAAAUACCAAGACCGUUUCUAAGAAACGAAAACGUAAUGAAGAUAACAUGAUAAUCAAAGUUAGAGAUGAUGAUGAAUGGAAGGUUAGUAUUUUGAAGGAUGAUUCAUUGUACAAAAAAGCCAACAAAAAUAAAUAA